AUGGCAUCUUCUUCUUUCUCUUUGUAUUCCACCACUUUACUUGUGCUUCUCUUGGCUCUUUUCUCUUCACUUCAAUGUUCUAUUGUUGCUUCAACUGAAUUUGAAGUUGGUGACCUAAAAGGUUGGGUUGUUCCACCCUCUAACGACACCGAUAUCUACAAUAUUUGGGCUUCCAACAAAAGGUUUCAAAUUGGCGACUCCAUUCAUUUCAAGUACAAGAAGGAUUCAGUGAUGGAAGUUGGCAAGGAAAAUUACGAUGAUUGCAAUGCGACACAACCAACAUUUUUCUCAAACAAUGGAAACACUGAGUUCAAGUUAAAUCAUUCAGGGACAUUCUACUUCAUAAGUGGUGCAACAGGACAUUGUGAGAAAGGACAAAAGAUGAUUGUUAGAGUGAUGAUUCAAGAUGUUCAUUCUAAGUCUUCUGGUUACCAUGUUCCUGUUGGUGUUUUUCAAAUUGUGUUUGUUUUGGCAUUUGUUGCUUCCUAUGUAAUUUGA